CUGUGGAGGCGAGAGCUAAAGGCUAUAAGCUCCACAUCCAGCGGCUGCCCUGCGCCGAUUUGGGCGGUAUUUUGCACCUCUCUUCCAGCGGCACACCUCUGCCUCCUCUCCGGGGUUUGUUCGGGCAGCUGGAGGAGAAGAAAGGAGGGAUGCGCGCAGGGUCCUUGAACGCCACAAAGAAGUUCACGAGGCUGUGAGAAAGCGGACUCUCCUGUUGAUUCAGCUCUUCCUUUCACCCGCACCUUUCAGGAGUAUUUCAGGAGCACACUUCUCCCCUCUAUAUGGCAAAGUUCCUGGCUGAAUUACUGGGAUGCACACUUCCGGACAAGGGCACCCCACCUUUGUUCGAGUGUCGGAGCCAACCCCAUCUCGGGCUGAGGCCUGCCUCCAAACAGCGGCCAACAAUUUUUGGGACAUUAACCAAUGAGAGAGCACUGUUUGACAACAGACUGGACAACAUGCCUCAGACACCACCGUUCACGGGGCAGCUGAACACCGGCGGCUACAACAAGAACCUGUACCAGACCAAGGAGGAAGGCUACCCCGGCCUCUAUUAUCACGACAACAACCUGGUGUCGGGGUCCCUGGAGGCCCUCAUUCACCACUUGGUCCCAACGGUAGACUAUUAUCCAGAUAGGACGUACAUCUUCACCUUCCUGCUCAGCUCUCGCCUCUUUAUCCACCCAUAUGAACUCAUGUCGAAGGUGUGUCACCUGUGCAUGGAGCAACAGCGACUCAGCGAUCCCCAAGCUGACAAGAUGAGAGUCAGGAAGAUUUCUCCCAAGAUCCUGCAGCUGCUGACAGAGUGGACGGAAACCUUCCCAUACGACUUCAGGGACGAGAGGAUGAUGCGGAGCCUGAAGGAGCUGACCCAUCGGCUGGCUAGUGGAGACGAGGUUUACAGGAAGGCGGUUGGCCAGAUGAGCCAGGGCCUGAUCAGGAGGUUGACGGUGCUCAGCCAGUAUGAGGAGGCACUGGUCAAGAUCAACGCCACGGCGGCCGAGCGACUGACGGCUCUAAAAGCGAAGCCCCAGGCGGCCAUCCAGAGAGACAUGCUGUCCAUCUGCAACGACCCAUUCACUGUCGCCCAACAGCUCACGCACAUAGAACUGGAGAGACUGAGUUACGUCGGACCUGAAGAAUUCGUCCAGGCCUUCGUCCAGAAAGACCCUCUGGACAACGAUAAGAGUUGCUUCAGUGAUCACAAGAAGGCCAGCAACCUGGAAGCUUAUGUCGAAUGGUUCAACAGACUCAGUUAUCUGGUGGCUACAGAAAUCUGCAUGCCUGUGAAGAAGAAGCACCGAGCUCGAGUCAUUGAGUUCUUCAUCGAUGUGGCGCGCGAAUGCUUCAACAUCGGCAACUUUAACUCCCUCAUGGCCAUCAUAUCUGGGAUGAACAUGAGUCCUGUGUCUCGGCUCAAGAAGACCUGGAGUAAAGUCAAAACGGCCAAGUUUGACAUCUUAGAACACCAGAUGGAUCCUUCCAGCAACUUCUACAACUACAGAACAGCGCUGAGAGGAGCCACACAGCGAUCGAUCACCGCCAACAGCAGCAGAGAGAAGAUUGUCAUCCCUUUCUUCAGUCUACUCAUAAAAGACAUCUACUUCCUCAACGAGGGAUGUGCCAACAGGCUGCAGAAUGGACACAUCAACUUUGAGAAAUUCUGGGAAUUCGCCAAACAAGUGAGUGAAUUCAUGACCUGGAAGAAAGUGGAGUGUCCAUUUGAGAAGGAUCGCAAGAUCCUGCAGUACCUGCUGACUGCUCCAGCGUUCACUGAAGAUGCGCUGUAUCUGGCAUCAUACGAGAGCGAAGGUCCUGAGAACAACAUGGAGAAGGACAGAUGGAAGUCUCUGAGAUCCACUCUGCUAAGCAGGGUCUAAAGUGAAGAAACCAGAAUAAAGACAAACUCUUGACAAGCGAGCUGCGCCCUGUCGACGCUGCUGUUGUCCAAACCAAGUAUCCCCGUGUUGGAAGGGAAACGACAAUCUCUACUUUAGCUGGCGAGGAUCUUUUGUGUUCCCCCCAGCUUCAGAUUUCUAUUAAGCUCUGCUUUUCCUUACCCUCUUGCUCUUUGUGCUGUAUAUUUCAGGACAGCUGUUUUUUUUCAUCUUUGUAUGACUUUGUAGUCUUUAAAAAAAAAAAAAAAAAAAAAUGCUACAAACCUUCAAAGUAAAAGCCAAGGGGUGCCAAGGUGCUUUUUCUUGUCUGAAGUAUUUUGCCCUGAUGAACCUUCUGUGAACGUAAAAGGAGUCUUUGGGGUUGUUUGUUCCCCCGCUAGUUUAACACAUUUUUUUCCACUGAAGCUACAAAGUUAGCUGCUGGUCGGCUAACUCAACAGAAACACUAUUCUUGCUGGUUCCAUAAGCCAGCAUUCUUUGUAUGGAGAACUCAAACCGUGCCCGCAACACUGUUGUUUAUCAUUAAGCUAGCCAUUAUUUGUAGUUUUGUUUCGUCUCCUUCCUUUUGUACGAUACCUGAGCAUCUCUCACUUCAUGUUUCUGAAAGUUUUGUUAAUUGUAAUGUGCAAGAAGAAAAAAAAAAGUGCACUGGCUGCAAUUUAAAGAAGAUGUAAUAGAGUUUGUGUUGUAUAAAGUUUUGUGAUUUUCUUAAGCAGGAAGCAACAUUUCUUGUCGUUUUGAUCUUUGACACAUUCAAGGUCUCAGUUUGCUUUCGAACGAAUUAAGGCAUCAGUAAGCUUCAACCAAAGUGUUUGACGUAUGGUUGAACAGCAUCUGAAACCCCCUUGCGACAUCUCUCCGACGUAGGAAUUGGGGUUUAAGAUGCUGUUGGAUGCUCUGACGAGCACUUAAUUUGAAGCAUACUGAGGCAUUUAGCAGUGAGCUUAAAUGGAAGGUGUGAUGCGUUUCCUAUUGUUCCUGAUAAUCACUGUUAAAAUAGCUCUCUGCUGCUGAGAAGAGACGCCAGGCUGUGGGCUGCCAGUCACUUUCCUCUUUUGUUCCUGCUCCAAUGUAGAAAUGUGUGGUUGUGCUGCCCUCCGGUGGUUCAGUCAGAAAAGUGAAUGGAUUUCAUGUGGUUGAAUAAUGUGAAAUGAGAAUUUCUGUUUAAACCCUUACAGAUGCUGAAUAAUAGCCUAUGUUUUUAUUAUUAAAAGUACAGUUUCCUCUAUAGGUUUUAUUUAUAAAUUUGUGUAGUCACAUUAUGUCCUCAUGCCAAUAUUUACUAUUAUUUUAUUGUUAUUUAAUUUUGUACUAGGUACAUAACAUGCUUAAGUAGUACUCAGAUAUUGGCUUAACUAUUUUUUUAUACAAGUUUGUAUGAGACACUUAUUUUUCAAGGUAUUAGCUCAGAGUAUGAAGUUAAUUUUUGACUGACGUCUGCUUUGCCUUGACUGCUCCUCAACACAGAGUGCUGUUAUGGUUUAUUGUGUAUAUACUGUGUUUUUUUUUCCCCUUCCGUGUGUUCAUUCAUUUGUAUUUGGACUGUUAAAAUGGAAUAGAGGAACCGUUUAUAAAUAAACUAGUAGUGUUUAAAAGAGAGUUAAUAAAAGAAUGUUUAAAAUGA